AUGGGUCUCGUCUCCCAUAUUUGUAUACAUCCCGUAAAUGGCCUCAAGCUGUUAGUGUUAGUGAAUUUCUUUCACGUUAUGAAAAAAUAUUUAGAAGAGUCUUGUUCUGCUUUAAAAGAAGAAUUUCAGUUGAUAGUGAAUAUCAGUCAGGAUAUGAUUCUUUCAGAUAUGCUUAGCCGAGAAAUCGGACAAAAAAAUGCCAAUAAAAAGCUAAACCGUUUCGUAGAUAUCCUACCAUAUGAUCAAACACGAGUGAAAUUAAAUCCUUUUGAAAAGUGUAAACAGGAACAUGAUUAUGUGAAUGCAAGCUUCAUCUAUGAAAUUAUACCUUGUACUAGUGCUACAACACACCCCGUACUGAAUAGAAAUAAAGUUGAUUAUAUUGCAUCACAAGCACCAUUAGAAUCAACAGUUGGAGAUUUCUGGAGAAUGAUACUAGAACAAAAUGUUACACUCAUUGUUAUGCUAACAAGAUUGUACGAAGAAGGUGUAUCGAAGUGUUUCCAGUAUUGGCCAACUGAUAUCCAUGAGUCAACAAUAUUUCUAUCAGAUAGUUUAAGUAUAGAAGUUACCCUUCUGUCCGAGGAAAAUCAUCAAGCUUAUAUUUUACGUAAGCUGUACGUGUCCUCGUCAAAAGAUUCAGAAAAUGCAAGGUGCAUAGUACAACUGCAUAUGAUUAGUUGGCCAGAUUAUGGUGUACCUAAAUUGACUGAAUUUCAAACACUUCUUAAUGAUUAUCGAGAAAUAAAAAGAGAAGAAAUACAUCGAUUCACACCAACACUUGUACAUUGCACUGCUGGUGUUGGAAGAACGGGUACAUUUAUUGUUGCAGAUUUACUACAGAAAUAUAAAGAAUCUAACUGUAUUUAUUUUGAUAUACCUGGUGUUAUAUUACAAAUGAGGCGAUGUCGUACAUUAAUGGUACAAAAAGUUGCACAGUACAUAUUUCUUCAUCAUUUCGCCCAUUCGUUAUUCAAAUAA